AUGUCGUCGGCGAUGGUUCUUUUCCACAUCGACUUGGGUGUUGUCGACGAUCGUCAAAUUACGCACAUGGGGAUGGGAACCAGCUCCCGUCGCGAGCUGCGGUGGCGUCGAUCGACCAUGGCGAAACCUGCGGCGGCGCCACCGCCGCCGGCUGUCGCCAUCGGUGGAAUGCGCUACAACAACGAGCGAGAUUCAUCAGAAUCGAAUUGGAAAGUAGGUCCAUUUGGAAAAGCAGUCCAAAUCUCCUCUGUCUCGGAAUCAAGGAACGGUUCAUUGGAAACUCAUCGAUGCGUCUCAGGAGCGAAAGUUCCAGUGGAUAAUCGUCCAUCCCCACGGCGCUUCUCCAAUCCAUCCGAUGGCAUGUCGGCACUGACAACAUCGUUCACGGCCGCAAUUGCAGCCAAUGCGAACAAUGCACGACAUGAACGCUAUGCGGCUCAUAUACCGGUGAACAAAGGCGAUAGCGGCAGCGGACGUCAAAGUACUGUCAGUCAGGACAGUCAACAGAGGUUGGUCAUAGCUUUUUAUGAAGUAGAAGUGGUUAACAUUGAAUCAUUUUGGCGCAAUUAUCAGUUGGACUCCUACCACUUACCUGCGCAACUAAAGCGCCUUCAGCUCCGAUCUCAGGUCUCGCCGAGUAGCGAGACGUUUGCUGUCGUAAUUCGCGAUCUGAACUAUCAGUUGGACUCCUACCACUUACCUGCGCAACUAAAGCGCCUUCAGCUCCGAUCUCAGGUCUCGCCGAGUAGCGAGACGUUUGCUGUCGUAAUUCGCGAUCUGAACGUCAUUUGGGCCAUGAGCAAGCACGAG